UACCAAGAGAAAGGCUGCAGCAUGACAUCCACCCAAAUUGGAUACCACCUGGGAGGGAGAAAUUAUAAAUGCCUCUCUCCCCAGGAAAAGCUCACAUCCCAUUUAGAUACUAGAGAAUCCAGCCCUGAGGAAACAAGGCCUCAUUAGUGUCGUUGCCCGAGGAACUAGUUAAUUAAAGGACAACAGAGUUGAGAGCAUUGUUAUGUAGGCCUUUGUUCCUUAUACCUGGUCAUUUCCAUUGAUGUAAAAUGUCAUCUUUAUGAUCUGGUAGCAUUUUGCACCCACUUUAGACAAGUAUUCCUGACCAGCCGAGGAGGUACAGAGCAGGGAAGAAUCAGACCUUUAUUAGUGAGGUAAUUAUAGCCUCACCUAACCAUCAGGCAGAGGGUGUACACCUCUAUUAGCCCGCGCUCCCACAAAGAGAACAAAGGCUGUCUGGAAAGUGGGAGCCACCCAGGAAGCAUCCCUGUGUCCAGCUACACCACUCUCAGGCGGCAGUCGUGCUGUGGAGGUCAUGACCACAAGUUCCCACAUCGCCCACUCUCCUCCUUGUUUUUUCCUGGUUUUAAAUCCAACUUGACUUAGCAAUACUGGUGAAGGCCAUGAGAUGGGGAGACUAAAACGAGGAAUGGUGCCACAGCUGAGGAAAUCAGCUCUCAGUUAAAAUGCUGGGGGAGGUAGGGGGUAGCUUUCAAAGCUUGUCACAGCAACUUACCUAAUUCUGUUUUCAAAAGCCACUGUUGAGUGCUUUUGAAAGUUUUAUCCUAGAUGCUUGGCUCAAAGACCUUAACCAAAGAUUUUUUUUUUUUUCUCUAUCUGCUAUACAAAAGCUAAAUAUAAACUGACAUUAUUGAACAAAACCCUAACAAAACCCCUGUUGCAGGUCUGGAAAAAUCUUUACUCAGAAAAUCAAAUUAUUGGAGACCAGCAUCUUUGGGUUUGGAUGCCUCUGUUUUGUGUACACUAUUUGGCAUACAAGAAAACACAUCAUUUCUAACAGCAAAUAUUUGCCUUUGGUUCUUUUUAUCUUCUCCUGUUUGCCUUUUGUUCUCCUGGCCCCCAGAAAAUCAGGGCCUGAGUGUCUCCGGAUGGUUAACUAAAGUUGCUUUGAGAACAUGGAUUAAUCUGCUUUACCCAUACAAGCGUGUGCAUACGUUUGUCUGAGGAAUGUCUUAAUGACUUUCCCGCCGAUCACCUGUGGGACCACAGGCAAGUCACAAAGCUAGCUUGUGCCUCAGUUUACCCACUGCAGCUUCAUUAAUGCUAACCUACCUCAGGAGCUGUUGUUAUGUUUAAUAUAUUAUGUGGUCUGUAAUCCUCGGAUUAAAUGUAUUAUGUAAGUGAAAAGCACCCAUUUGAUGUGUAUGUAAAUGCUGCAGUAUUAUAGGUAGGAGGGUCACUUGGGUGUAAGUGUAAUACAAGCGCUGGCAAAAAGCAAAAGGGAUUCCAUUGUAUUGACUUAUUUUUAAAGAGCUUUUUAUUUACUGAAAUGCCUUGGACACCCAGAAAGAGAGACAUUCCUCACUAAGCAUCUCUGCUUUUUCAUCUGUCUUGAAGUGCUUUGAUAAAUGGAUUGAAACUUGUCGGCUUUUCCUGUAGUUUCUGAGACUCCCUCUGGAAACUCUGUUGAAACGUUAUUAUUGCAACUUCUUAGAGCCCUACUUAAUGAAUUGUAACAGAUAUCCCUGUGAGUCCUGCAGAUGCUGCGAGGACUGUGCUUCUUUUCCUUCCCGCAGCAGAAUCAAACCAGUGCCACACAAACGUGCAGCAGCAGAGAAUCAUAGAAUCACGAGGUUGGAAAGGACCCACUGGAUCAUCGAGUCCAACCAUUCCUAACGCUCCCUUAAACCAUGUCCCUAAGCACUUCAUCCACCAAGAGCAGCCAGUCUCUUGCCAGGGAAAACACUUCUCACCUUCCUAAGGCUUCAGCCCAAGCCUUGUGUCCUGGGUGGGUGAUCGGUGGGGCUCCAGUCACAUCGAACGUAGCUAGAUAUUGUCUGUUGGGUAAGAGAUUAAUUUUUGCUUUUAAGAAGAGACCUUAGGAAAGAUGACAAAUUAUGUUUAAGUUUGCAGUAGUUGAUUUCCUGUCUCUAGGAUGGAUAUUCUGUCUUGCAUCCUGUGCCUGAGCUAUCCCGAAGCUCAGAUUUGUGACUUCAGUGCC